GCGUCGAGAAACCAGGUCAAAGGUGACUAGUCGUGGUGCACAGGUAAACAUACAUUGUACUAGUUCACCGACGUCAUCCUAAAUCGUACGUUCUGUAUUAGUACACACAGUUCGACGUGAAUACCCGAGCUCAAGUAUAAAGUAACACAGCAAAAAAAGAAAAAGGAAUAACUUGUGUGGAGUCGAGAGUGGCGACAACAGUCUUUCACGAUGGCAGUUGAGCUGAAAGAUGUCAAAUACGAUAUGGAGGUAAACAAUGGGAGAGAGAACGAGGGAUAUGAGAAAAGCGACGAAAAUCUGUCCGAAAACAGGAAGGACGAUAACAGUGAGCAGCCGAAAAUUGAACAGGAUGUUACUACUGUUGAAGGCCAAGGCCAUCCGAAAACUCACCAUGGUAACUGUUGCACUAACGGCGUUUCUGUCAUUCAAAAUUGGGUCUACACGUUUCUGGAGGGAAACAGUGAGAUUCUGUGGAAAGUGUUCUGGUUGAUAAUGCUUGUGUUAUUUUUCGUUUAUUUCGGUUUCGCCAUGUCUACGCGGUUUGGCGAAGAACCCUCAAUACGUUUACUCGUGAGCACCAUAUUUGGUGUGUUUCUGCUUGUUCUACAUUUUACAUGGAGAUGGACCGGAAGACCAUUUGUCUGGCUUGGUGAGGCUAUAUCGGACCCGAAUAACAAACGGAAAGUCAAGAUCUUACGCUGGGUCCUGUACGUGGUGUCAGCAGUGGCGAUUAUUGUAGUGCUCGUCGUGAAAGUGGCGCUGGAGACUCCGGACAAUCUCGUGUCACUGGCUGGACUGGCUGCCUUCAUCCUCGUCUCCUAUAUCAUAUCAACGAACCCAGCCAGGGUGAAGUGGCAUCCUGUGUACUGGGGACUUGCUUUACAGUUUUUCUUCGCUCUUAUCAUUCUGAAAACAAAGUGGGGCUAUGAUGCGUUCAGUUGGACCGGCGACCGAGUUACAGAGUUCCUCAGUUAUGCUACGAGUGGCGCAGAGUUCGUGUUUGGUGAAAAAACCUACUUUAUGCACUUUUUUGCCUUCGCGCUGAUGCCAGUGGUGACUUUCUUCAGUGCGGUUAUCUCCGUCCUGUACUAUCUCGGCGUCAUGCAGGCGAUCGUCGGCGUGAUCGGAAGAUUUCUCGGAUUCUGUCUCGGAACGACGCCGGCCGAGUCCUUAAACGCAGCCGGAAACAUAUUUAUAGGAAUGACGGAAGCACCCUUGAUGAUCCGACCGUUCCUGAAUAAAAUGACGAUCUCCGAGCUACACGCCGUGAUGACCGGGGGGUUCGCCACCAUCGCUGGGAGCGUGCUGGGGGCCUUCAUUGGCUUUGGGAUUCCCGCUAACCACCUAUUAUCGGCUUCAGUGAUGUCGGCCCCAGCAGCUCUUGCCAUGUCAAAGUUAAUGUGUCCAGAAACGGAGGAACCCAUGAUAUCAGCUGACGACUACGGGAAAAUGGAAGACAGCGAAGAAAGAAACAUGAUUGACGCAAUAUCGAAAGGGGCGACAACCUCGAUAAAACUAAUCGCUAACAUUAUCGUAAAUGUGAUCGCUUUUUUGUCUCUACUGGCCUUUGUGGACGCCACAUUGACCUGGUUUGGCGAACAAGUUGGUGUGGAGAAGCUUACAUUCGAGCUGAUAUGUUCCUACGUGCUCUACCCUGUGGCUCUUGCUAUGGGCACCCAUCCACAGGACUGUCGGCGGGUCGCUAGGCUUGUAGGGGUGAAAACGUUCACCAAUGAAUUCAUCGCUUACAAACGCCUGAAGGUGUUGCUUGAAAAUAAAAGGCAGUGGUUAAACUACUCACAGAUUUACAACAGCACUGAUGAUUGGAGGUGGGACGGUCUGGACGCCAUCCUUGUGCAAACAAACGAAACGCUGACUGGAGGAUUUUUAUCUAUGCGCUCCGAGGUGAUCGCUACAUACGCAUUGUGCGGAUUUGCCAAUGUCGGAUCUAUUGGAGUUUUACUAGGAGGGUUGUCUGCUCUUGCUCCGAAAAGGAAACCAGAAAUGUCGAGGAUAAUUGUGAGAGCCAUGAUUGCCGGCAACAUUGCUUGUUUUAUGACGGCGUGUAUCGCAGGAUUGUUUUUCGAUGAAUCGAGAGAGAGUGUGUUGUAAGUUACCGAAUAUGUUCUUCCAGUGAAGUGCCACCGAGUGAUGAAGUGAACUGCCAUGUCAACACGUAAUUAACAUGUAGCAACCACUAGUAAUUAAAACACAAUGUGUACACACCCUGCUUCGGAAGACGGCAGUCACUGGGUGAGCCAGCUGUAGUUAAUAUCAUUUUCAUCUGAGGCGACAAUGCAGUAUCUUCAUAGUUGAAGUGCAUAAAAUAAACAGGUCUUUUGUUUCAUACAAUUUACUGUGAUAUGUUUUAGCAACGCAUUCCAGUAAUAUAGCAGUUGGCGGACCAGAAACAUUUGACAUUUUAUUCUCUUACAACAAUGCUCAUGCUAUUUACCUCAUGGGCAAGGUCUUAUUAUUUUAGUAACAUAAUUAAAACGUCUACAUUUUAGUAUGACAUGACCGAGAUGUUUGAAAAGAAAAAGGAUAACAAAGAAAGCUUGCCGUUGAACAGCAGUUGAUUAAUACUGGCUUGUCGACGUGUAUUGCUGGUAGAAACAAAUAAAGAGCACAUGGUAUUUGA